GUCUUUGGUUUCAUGGGUAGGUGGACGUGCAGCCUUACUUUUCCCUGGUUGUGGACCUUGAUUUUGCAUAGUAAAAGCACUUUACCCUCGUGACGUCUAUAAUGUUAUCAUGAAUUAUGAAUGAGUUUGAGUUAAGUUACUGAAGCCUCAACAACGCUCUACGUGGCUGGCAAGUUAACGCAGAAKAUUCUAGGUCAGACGUCGUUCUUCAUUGCGUCUUGAUUAAAAGUCGAAACKUUAUCAACACCCUGACCUCUACUUAGUUCGGCAGAUAGCAAAAGAUAUCCUGAAGUUGAUUCAAGUGCGAUAAUGAAGAGUACUUCAAAAGGCGAGGAGAAGUUUCUCGAAACAUCCUAAAAUGAGCUUCAAUUGGUUGGCAUUCCUUAGUGGGGAGCUUGGCAACUAUAAUUAGGUUUCUGUGGAGCUGACAGGGUGAGGUUUCUAUCUCUCACCUGAUGCUUGACAAAUUAACCGAAACAUCACAAUUAUAAGCAAGGUUAACAGUAACUAUUUAAAGAUUGCGUUUCAAAGUCAAGCACGGAACUGUCACGGAAAGGCAGGAGGGCCGGUGUCGAGCGAUGAGAAGGAUAAUGAAGAGAAGAAAGAGGGGCCUUCUGGGACACCAGUUGAAACGAAGAUUGUUGUGAAUGGCAUUGGGAAUUGUUUGGUUGACUAUCCAAACAAACCAACGCGUAAUGCUGAAAGUGUUGACUUAAGUGAAUUGAAUAAAGACAAGUGUCAGACAAUCGUUGUGCACAGUGAGAAGUCCGGACGCACCAAAAUGGAGCUCCACAAUUCCACUAGUACACAGAGUCUUGGCGUCAACUCGACCACCGGCCAAUCUAUCGUUUUCAGCAAGAGUAGCAAGCGACUUCUGAUAUGCGUUACGCUUGCGUGUGUCCUCUUAAUAGCAGCAUGUGUGAUAUUAUCUGUAUUGUACGUGGAGCAAGUUACGAAGACUCAAAAAUUGGACGCCCACAACAAACAKAAUAGCAGCUCCACUUCCAGUCAGAAUGUGUGUUUCUCUGCUGAUUGCCUUGAAAUCGCGGCCGAGUUUACUAAGAACAUUAACCGAUCGGUGGAUCCUUGUGACGAUUACUACAGAUACGCAUGCGGUGGAUGGAUAAAAGACAACCCAAUUCCCCCCUCCGAGAACCAACACGCUACUUAUCUAAAGGCAACCAAACUAACUAGUGUACAACUGCGAGGUCUGCUAGAUGAAGCUACUAAUUUAAAACCUGGUCCCUUGAAGAAGGCAAGAGACUAUUACAAAGCAUGUAUGGAUGAGAGGGAAGCUGAUCGAACUGCUACUGACCAGAUUAUAUUAUUGCUUCGCGAAUUGGGCUCUUGGGCAUUAGAUAACGAAACAUGGAAUGAAACGAAAUGGGAAUGGAAAGAAGCGCUGCUGAAGAUCCAGAAGGUUUUCUCUGUCCAAAAGUCGCCACUUUUUGGACUCGAAGUCGUUGAAGACCCUACGAAUUCAUCUAGAUAUCUUCUCAAGGUAUUUGUUUGUACAGUGAUGUUUGUUUAUUUUGUGAGUCACUGUUACUGCAUUUCGCAACAUUACAAGAAAACACAAACUGGGCUUGAAGUGAGCGACAGGUAUUAUCUUCUGAACGAAGUUAACGUCUCGAGAUGGUAUACCAAAAAGAUGCUCUCUAAGCUCCGUAAUCCUAUUGACAGAGACUCUUGGUACAGUGGUCCUCAGAUGGUAAAUGCUUUCUAUCUUAGGGAAAGAAAUGAAAUCAACAUCAUGGCUGGGAUUUUACAGCCACCAUUUUUCUAUGGCAAAGAUGCACCUAGGGUUGUGAAUUACGGAGCCAUUGGAAUGGUUUUAGCGCAUGAAUUGACGCAUGGCUUUGAUAGUGCUGGUCGCCGUUUUAACAAAUAUGGAGAAAUAACGACUGACUUAGGCUGGACGAACAACUCAAUGGAUCAGUUUAAAGCAAGGGCGCAAUGCAUUGUGGACCAGUACAACAAAUUUGAGUUAAAAAUCGGCAAAGAAACCAAAAACGUAGAUGGAAAACAAACACUAGAUGAAAACAUUGCUGACAAUGGUGGAUUUAAGAUUGCAUUAAGGGCGUAUAAGAAUUGGAUCAACGAACAUGGCCCUGAGAAGAUGGUUCCUGGACUUAAGAAAACCAAUGAGCAGAUGUUUUUUCUCAGCUUCGCGCAAAUGUGGUGUAGUAGUUACACUCCUGCUGCAACACUCGUUCGAGCAAGUGUUGAUACACACGCCAUGCCAAGAUACAGGGUCCUAGGAGUGCUAAUGAACAGCGAGGCAUUUGCCAAGGCGUAUAAUUGUCCAGUUGGUAGCAAAAUGAACCCUGAGCCCAGCAGUAGGUGUAGAGUAUGGUAGAUAUAAGCCAUACUGGUAAUGCACUGUUAACUAAAGAAAAAAACACAAUUUCCAUUCGUCUUUAUUACAUUGUACAUAUCGUAUAUUAUUAUUAUUCCAAAAGUUGAAUUUCGAAAUUAGUCGUGUAUACCCGAAUUGUAAACCAUGCUUAGGUAUAUAGCAAUUAUUGCUGUAAAUAAUAAGGAUUGCUUUUUUUCGCAAUUAUGUUUUCAUUUCAUACUUAAUGUUGAAUUUGGCAAAUACACGUAUUACUUUUUAUUUACGAUAAAAACUGUUUAGUUCUAUUUAGUUCUUAUUAUUUCACUAACCGAUGUAUCAACCAAUUUCUUCUCGUUAUGUUAUGUUCAAUAAUUCUCAUCAGGUAAUUUGCACUAUUGCAUUAUGACGUCACAUCGAAACAUUCUGUUGUUUCAACGCUAAGGAUUAUGGUCGCCAGAAUGGAUCAGAGUGACUCCAUAUCAAAUAAAUUGUCAAGCAUGGUUUUCAUUCAUAACAAUACUUAAAAACACAUGAACAUUGCAGGUCUACUUUCUUAAUAAAAAUGGGCCCAAAUUUCCACUGUUUUUGAGCAUCUUUCCAUGAUGUAAWCAACAAACUGUGACGUCAUAAUGAAAUAGAGCAAUUCUCUUCUUUCUACAGCUGGCUAUAUAUUUUUUUAUAUUGUUUGCUUUUCUUCCCAUAUUUCUUUUUCUUUUUGGCUUUCGCUUUCUUAAUCUCACUUCUCAGUUCACUUCUACUUUUUUUGCUAUUCUUUUCGCUAUGUUUCGACUAAGUGAAAAUGGAUUUUAAUGCUUUAAUCGAAUAACCAUAAUUCGUUGUACUAUUAUUAUUAUUAUAUUCAUUGAUGUAGUUCAGAGUUAGCCUCUGGUACUCCAUUAAGUACCGAAUGCUUCUAUAGUACUACUGCUUUCAUGAUGAAUAUAUGACAAUUAUUCAUAGGAACAUAAUUAUAUGUCAAAAUAUUAAAAACACUAAAAAUGUU